AUGGACAUCCCUGCACAGCCCUCUCCAGCCGCCAGCGCCAUUCCUCCAGAGGCAAUUGAGUUGGCGACCCGCAUGUACAACGCUGCGCGGCAAGGCGAUUUGGACGUUUUCAGGCAAGCUUUGCCUGCCGGCUUGCCUGCCAACUUGACCAAUGACAAGGGAGAUACUCUGCUGAUGCUCGCUGCUUACCACGGCCGCGCCGAACUGGUCGAGUUGCUGAUUCAGCACGGGGCCGACCCCAACCGGCUCAACGACCGAGGACAGAGCCCGCUCGCAGGGGCCGUGUUCAAGAAGGAGGAUGCCGUCAUUGAGGCUCUCCUCGAGGGCGGUGCCGAUCCUCAGUUCGGCGCCCCAUCCGCGCUGGACUGCAUUGCCAUGUUCAACCAGUGGGAAAGGUGGCAGCUGAAGUUUGAGCAAGCUCCUGGGCUGGGAAAAGCCUCUGUGCCCGCCGCUUGA